AUGUACAGCACAUUCGCCGAAUAUUCGUACUGCUACACUCGGUCCUGGCUCGGCCCAACACCGCUAUCUGGGUUUGGCUGUGCGCCCUCUCCCUCCAAGGAGGACGUGCUUUCCGGGAUCAUAAACCCAUCAGAUACGACAGCCUCAACUACGUCGUCUACUUUUCAGACCUCUUCUUCUGCCACCAAUGCCACCAGCGCUAUCAAUACAGCUACUCCUAGUGCUGGUACUUCGACGACCCCUGCAGGUGUAUCACACCAUAAUCCUCCACCGCUCAGUAAUGGGGCAAUUGCCGGUAUCGCUGUUGGUGGCUUCUUUUUCAUAUGCAUCUUAAUCGCUCUCGCUGUGCCGAAGUCAAGGAAUUGGAUCUUCGCUGUUUUCCGCAGCCACAAAAGUCCUACGGAUUCUGCGUCCGAAGGAGCCGAGCUCCGUUCAAAUCAUGAGGCUGAUCCACCAAGCCAGAGAAUACGACCGCCAAGUGUCCUCUCAGGCCCGUCCGUCGUUCCAUGGGACACUGGUCGUUAUGAGAAUUAUUGA